CAUGUGGAAGGAACAUUUUUUUCUACUUUCUUGAGGUCCAGGGUAGAGGGGGUGGCCUAACCCAGGGACAAUGAAGAUGCAAUGUUGAAGAAUAAGCUGGAGGGGAAACGCAAAAGGCACCAUGGAAAAGACCAAAACAAAGCAAGGAGAGAAUGAACAUAUACCGAUGAAUAAUCCUUCCACACAGAUUUACCAGUUGCAGGCCCUAGCCUCUGAACUCAAAACUGGCUUUACAGAAGCAAUGCAAGAACUGUCAAGGAUUCAACAUGGAGAAUAUGCUUUGGAAGAGAAGGUUAAGAGCUGUAAAUGUUCCAUGGAAGAAAAAGUUACUGAGAUGAAGAAUUCAUUAAACUAUUUCAAGGAAGAACUGAGCAAUGCCAUGUCAAUGAUUCAGGCCAUCACUUCCAAACAAGAAGAAAUGCAACAGAAAAUUGAACAACUUCAACAGGAGAAGCGAAGAGAAUCUCGAAAAGUUAAAGCCAAGAAAACUCAAAAAGAAGAACACAGCUCCCAGGCUGGGCCUGCUCAAGCACAAGGAAGCCCUUUUCGUUCCAUUAACAUCCCUGAGCCUGUUCUUCCCAGUGAAGAUUUUACAAACCUGUUGCCAUCUCAAGCCUAUGAAAAAGCCCCAGAGCCCAGAUCUGUUCAUGUAGGAGAGAGUAAUGUGAAAGGAAUGAUGGGUCCUGGAAUGAACCCAACAACUCCGGAAGCAGAAGAGAACCUCAAGCCUUGCCUUGCAGCUGAGAUCCCGUCCAAGGGCCAUCACGCCUCUGGUGUGUGGAGGCAGCCUAAGGAUGGCAAAGAAUGGGGCGAGGAAUACGUCACGAAAGACCACCCAGAUAAGCUCAAGGAAGCUGGGCAGGGCCGGCAUAGCUCCUUGGAAAAUGUUUUAUGUGAGACCUCCUUAGCUGCUAAAAGACAGACUGUGGCACUAGAACUGCUUGAAUCAGAAAGAAAAUAUGUCAUUAAUAUCUCUCUGAUCCUGAAGAUCAAGGCAACAUUCCAGGGAUCAGAUGGAAAGAGGAAUUCCAAAGAGAGAAGCCUCUUCCCUGGCUCUUUACGGUACCUUGUCCAGCAGCACCUGGAUUUGCUUCAUGCUCUGCAGGAAAGGGUCCUCAAGUGGCCACGCCAAGGAGUGCUUGGAGAUUUAUUCCUUAAGUUAACAAACGAUGAGAAUAAUUUCUUGGAUUAUUAUGUUGCCUACCUGAGAGACCUGCCUGAAUGCAUUUCUUUGGUUCAUGUUGUUGUUCUGAAGGAGGGUGAUGAAGAGAUUAAAUCUGACAUCUACACGCUGUUUUUUCACAUAGUUCAGCGCAUCCCUGAAUACCUGAUACAUCUGCAGAAUGUUCUGAAGUUCACAGAGCAGGAGCACCCUGACUAUUACCUACUCCUGGUGUGUGUUCAGCGCCUUCGAGUGUUUAUCUCACACUACACCCUGCUGUUUCAAUGCAAUGAGGAAUUGCUUAUUCAGAAACGGAAAAAACUCAAGAAGUCAUCCAUGGCGAAGCUGUACAAAGGGCUGGCUUCCCAGUGUGCAAAUACCGGGCAAGAGGCUUCUCCUACUCCAGGACCUGAGGCAGUCCGUGACAGUGGGAUCCACUCAGAAGAGAUUCUGCAACCCUACCCUUCUGCUCCCAGUUCUGGCUCUGCUGUCACUUAAGCACCUCUUGCAGUGGGAAAACAUCUGCUGCCCCCUGUGAAGAAAAGCCAACAGCAGCAGAGCCUGGUGGAGAGCAUGCAGCCCGGCAAGCCCGGCGACUGGGAGCUGGAGGGCAGGAAACACGAGCGGCCCGAGAGCCUCCUGGCGCCCGCGCAGUUCUGCACCGCCGAGCAGGACGUGAAGGCGCUGGCCGGGCCCCUGCAGGCCAUCCCGGAGAUGGACUUCGAGCCGUCGCCGGCCGAGCCGCUGGGCAACGUGGAGCGCUCGCUGCGCGCCCCGGCCGAGCUGCUGCCCGACGCGCGCGGCUUCGUGCCCGCGGGCUACGAGGAGUUCGAGUACGGCGGGGAGCUCUUCGCGCUGCCGGCGCCCUACGACGAGGAGCCCUUCCAGGCGCCCGCGCUCUUCGACAACUGCUCGCCCGCCUCCUCCGAGUCCAGCCUGGACAUCUGCUUCCUGCGGCCCGUCAGCUUCGCCAUGGAGGCCGAGCGGCCCGAGCACGCGCUGCAGCCGCUGCCCAAGAGCGCCACGUCGCCGGCGGGCAGCAGCGGCGCCUACAAGCUGGAGGCGGCGGCGCAGGCGCAGGCGCAGGCGCACGGCAAGGCCAAGCCGCUGAGCCGCUCGCUCAAGGAGUUCCCGCGCGCGCCGCCCGCCGACGGCGCCGCCCCGCGCCUCUACAGCACGCGCAGCAGCAGCGGCGGCCGCGCGCCGCUCAAGGCCGAGCGCGCCGCCCCGCACGGCGCGGCCGCAGCCGCCGCUGCGCGCGGCGCGCCCCGGACCUUCUUCCCCCAACAGAGGUCCCAAAGCGAAAAGCAGACCUAUUUGGAAGUAAGGAGGGAGAUGCAUUUAGAAGACACCACCAGAUUCUGUCCAAAGGAAGAAAGAGAAAGUGAACAAACAUCUUUCAGCGAUCAAAACCCCAGGCAAGACCAGAAAGGGGGCUUUCGCAGCUCCUUCCGCAAGCUCUUUAAAAAGAAAAAUGGGAACGCAACUGGUGAAGAUUUCUGUGGUCCUUGGGGCUGGUGGUGACAUCAAAGCUUUCCCAUUUCCAGGUCCAGUGGAUCAGAAUACAGGGAAAAAACUAAUGAGAAUCCCUCAAUGGAUCCUUCACCCACCAAACAAGAUUUCUUCAGAAACCGACUUGCUCUUGCAAAUGACCUUGACCAAGGAACAGCUGUGUAAAACAUACUUAAAGUUGUAUUAUCAAGUGGUAAGAUGAGGAUAAAAAGCUUGUAUAUAUCUGUGUAGGAAUAUAUAUAUAUAUAUAUAUAUAUAUUGAUGUAUAAAUCCCCGAGGAAAACUAAUAUAAUUACAUAAGAACUAAAUCAACAUCCAAGACAUCGAAAAGAUAGAGAUUAGUUUGUGGUUGAGAGCUGGCUUUUUGAACCUCAACAUUUGGGAAAAAGGAAAUGAAGAUUUUUCACAGUAUUGGAGAAAAACACUACAUUUGGAGGAAAAUAAAUGUAAGAACAAAAUCUCCCACCUUGAAUUCAUUCCCCCCAGUAUAAUACUCAGCAUGUUCAUAUUUAACGUGGAUGUGAAUUUUAUGCUUCCUAGGUGUUUAGCUUAUGAAUUUACCCCAUUGUUCUUAGACUAAUAUACACCGUGUUAGGGACCAGUUCUGUUUUGCUCUUUCAUAGGCCCCCGAGGCAAAACCUAUCAUCUCUUAAGGCAAAAAAAUCAAUUAACAGAAUAACAUUUUAUAUGUUACAAAUCUGAGUUGUGGAGGACUUGUGCUUAAACUGGGCUAGGAAGGUUCAAAGUUUAAAGACACUUGAAUCUUCAAACAGGAAGAGAACAUCAAGAGGACUAUUUCUCUUGUUCAGUGGUUAUCAAAAUCAGUAUAGGGAACAAUGAUUUCUCUAGAAACUUGAGACCAAAGAAACAUUUCCUCUCGUGUGGGUUGUGUUGCAGGUGGAAACAGUUUAGAGUCAAACUGAAUACUGAGGAUUCAAAGACUCGCUAGUGUUGCUGAGUGUCACACACACUUAUGACCAGAUGGGGG